GGAGGAGGAGGAGGAGGGCGCGCUCCAAGAUGGCGGCGGCGGGGCCCGAGUCAGGGGGCAGCAGCGGCAGCAGCGGUGGUUUGGCUGAUCUCAGCUUUUUGUGCUGCUCAGUGGUCUCAUUUCGAAGAGGAUCAUCCACCUUCAAAAAAUCACUCACCCCUGAGAUGCCAGGUUCUUCUGGGCAGCCAGGCUCGCAGACAAUAAAGAAAGGGCACAGAGGAGUGGAUUCCACGGGCGAGACCACCUACAAAAAGACGACAUCAUCAGCCUUGAAAGGUGCCAUUCAGCUCGGCAUCACACACACGGUUGGAAGCUUGAGCACCAAACCCGAAAGAGAUGUUCUCAUGCAGGACUUCUACGUAGUAGAAAGUAUUUUCUUCCCAAGUGAAGGGAGUAACCUGACCCCAGCUCAUCACUACAAUGACUUUCGGUUUAAAACCUACGCGCCGGUGGCCUUCCGCUAUUUCCGGGAGCUGUUUGGGAUCCGACCGGAUGACUACCUGUACUCGCUCUGCAGCGAGCCCCUCAUCGAACUUUCAAACUCCGGGGCCAGUGGAUCCCUCUUCUAUGUAUCCAGCGAUGACGAGUUCAUCAUCAAAACUGUUCAACACAAAGAGGCUGAGUUCUUACAGAAGCUGCUGCCUGGCUAUUACAUGAAUUUGAACCAGAACCCAAGGACGCUGCUGCCAAAGUUUUACGGCUUGUACUGUGUCCAGGCUGGAGGCAAAAACAUCCGCAUUGUCGUGAUGAACAACCUGCUGCCACGCUCUGUCAAAAUGCACCUGAAAUACGACCUGAAGGGUUCCACCUACAAACGCCGAGCAUCCCAGAAGGAGCGGGAGAAGAUCUUUCCAACAUACAAGGACUUAGAUUUCAUGCAGGACAUCCCCGAUGGCCUCUUCUUGGACUCUGACAUGUAUAACGCUCUGUGCAAAACGUUACAGAGAGACUGUUUGGUCCUGCAGAGCUUUAAAAUCAUGGAUUACAGUUUGCUUGUUGCCAUCCACAACAUCGACCUGGCCCAGAGAGAGCACGCAAUGGCAGAUGGGACAUCCCAGACGGAUAUGCGGCGACCCGCUGCCCAGAAGGCCCUCUACUCCACAGCCAUGGAAUCCAUCCAGGGAGAGGCCCGGCGAGGCGGCACCAUAGAGACCGAUGACCAGAUGGGAGGCAUCCCAGCCCGUAACGCCAAGGGGGAGCGGCUGCUGCUGUACAUCGGCAUCAUUGACGUGCUGCAGUCCUACCGGUUUGUCAAGAAGCUGGAGCACUCGUGGAAGGCCCUUGUGCACGAUGGGGAUACCGUUUCUGUGCACAGACCCAGCUUCUACGCUGAAAGAUUCCAGCGGUUCAUGUGCAACACAGCCUUCAAGAAAAUACCCCUAAAGCCAUCCCCUUCCAAGAAGGGCCGGCCUGGCAUGGCAGUCCCUCGGCGGAGCUGUCAAGGAGGAGUGCCUUCCCAAACACAGAUGUCGUGUGAGACAAGGGCACAAGUAACGACAGAGGCAGAUGUUGAGCAAGGUUCCCACCUUGGUCGCCCAGAUCUUCUGCCCAGGACUCUGCCAGUAGAUGAAGCCAACAGUGACUCCAUCGCAACCACCCUGUCCACCUCUUCCUUGGGCAGUGGAGGCCUCAACUCACCUGCAAACAGGUCAGUGGGCGUGCAAGUGCAUAAAGCUGACAGCUCAGCAAAGGAUUUGCCUAGAACAGCUCCUGGCAUCUUCCUGUCUAGUGGCUCCCCAGGGCCUUCCGUACCCGAGCGCUCUGCAGAGCUGAGAGAGCAGCUUGAAGACCUGCAGGAGACAGAGAUAAGCUUUUGAAGCAACAUGGAGGCCUUGGCGAUGGAAGCAGAUUGUUCUGUGCUCUCUGGAGUCUGACAACCAUUCAGCCCCCGUUGCUGAUUCAUUAUAUUUUGUAUUUUAUAAAAGAAACCUUGUCUGGACAGAAACCUUGAAGCUGGAGAGGCUGGGUUACACAUAGCGGGAUAGGAUUAACAAAGCGCGCCAGCACGGCUGCGUCUCGGACACCAGGGAGUCUCCUCCCAGCAGAGCCCACCGCUGCAUCCCUGCCAUCUUCCUUCCUUCGAAGCCAGGCGGGAGCAGAGCCGGCUGGCGGGAGGAGGAAUGGCUCCGCGUGGGCUGUAGUGCGCUGGAAAAGGGAUCUGACUUGCAGGGAGUUGGCUGCUUACGAUGCUGACACCGUAAACAGUGCGGAAGCGGGUGGCUCUUUGGAGUUACUAGGGGAGAAGGGGGCUUUAGAGCCUCGUGGGGUAGCUGGCACAGAGCAACGUACGUUUAUUUUGUAUUUCCGACGAGUUUUUAAUUUCAGCGUUUCUCUGAACUUGGUCACAUCACUCUUUUUAGUCCUACGGUAGAGUCAUUCUUUUUUUCUUUAAUAAAUAGGGGGUUUUUUAGUGUUGCACCGAGCAGUAUCCCAUGGCAGAGAAGCAGAAAGGGAGAGCGGGAGUUAUGCUGCCCAUGGACAAGCUCCUCUCCCCUGCCAGCUGCUCUCGGCUGCCGAAGCCUCCUCCGUGUUCACUCCUGCAUCGCCUCAUGACAGCGACGAGGAGGGUUGCCCAGAGGACUUUGAAUGUGUGAAGCUUUUUCAGACGUCAGGGAGGUUUUUAGGAUCGCUUUCACCCCGGUUUUUAAACAAAGCUCUUUGGUCCCUUCCCCGCCGAGCAGGGAGUCGCAGGAGAAGGGAGACCUUUGUCAGGGGCACUAUUUUUAAAGUAUUUCUAAAGCAAAUGGACCAAACCCAGCUGCUCCGCUCCCUUCCCCGGCCUCCAUCCUGUGCUGGCACCCCCUGCAAAUUCCUUCGCCGUUUUAUAGCUCGACUCCCUUUUGAUAUCUCGCCUGUAGCAACACCGGUGCUCCCAGUGGUUUUGAAACCGGAUCCCUACCUAAGCGGGACUGACUUCUGCCUCCAACAAAGCACGAGGUGUUCUGAGUCCGAUUUUAAAUGGAACAAUCAGCUGGAGGGUAGAGAUGGAUCCGCUGCUGAUCCCCCAUGCCUGCUGCAGGCGCUGCUCUCCCGAGCUCGGAGCAGGCAUCAGACUGAUUGUUAUUUUGACUAAAUGUGUUUUUUUAAAGAGAUGAAGUGACCCUUCCCCAUCCUCCUGGUGGGUAAGAACCCUCCCUUUUUUAUAUAUAUAUAUUAAAAAGUAAUUUAAAGCUUGCCCUUGCGGUAGUGCAAGGGCUUUCUAUACUAAUUAGCAAUGAUUGCUAAGGAAACGAGGAAUGUAGUGGUGUAGAAAGGGGUGAUUUUUAGUUGAUGUCUCAGAGCCAAGUCUCUCCUCGCCUUCCACUUCAGUCCUCAGAAGUGGAUGCGAUGACACACGCUGAAGUUUUUUAAGAAAAAGCUUUGUUUUUUUAAAAAAAAAAAUUGUAUCAUGUUUUUUCACAAGAAGGAGCGGAAUGGCCUUAUUCAGGGUCUCCGGAUUCCGGGGGUCGGUGGAGCGCCGGGAUGGUGCCCAUUCACAGAUGAUUUGCUUCUCAAGGGCUCUCAAACCUUUCGACAUGGAUGAACGUCACGCUGAGGCAGGAGGAGGAUCUGCUUGGGGCUGCCUGUGCCGGCUCUGCUGGAUCCCCGUGUUCUCCUGCACCUCUGCCUGGAUCCAGCGGCUCACACGUCCCUCUCCGGUCCUGCUGGAUCCCCCUGAUCUCCUGCACCUCUGCCUGGAUCCAGUGUCUCUUGUCCCUCACUGGCCCUGCUGGAUCCUCUGAUCUCCUGCACCUCUGCCUGGAUCCAGUGGCUCACGCAUCCCUCUCCGGCCCUGCUGGAUCCCCCUGAUCUCCUGCACCUCUGGAUGGAUUCAGUGGCUCACGCAUCCCUCUCCGGCCCUGCUGGAUCCCCCUGAUCUCCUGCACCUCUGCCUGGAUCCAGAGGCUCACACGUCCCUCUCCGGCCCUGCUGGAUCCCUCUGAUCUCCUGCACCUCUGCCUGGAUCCAGUGGAUCACACAUCCCUCUCUGGCCCUGCUGGAUCCCCCUGAUCUCCUGCACCUCUGGAUAGAUUCAGUGGCUCACACGUCCCUCUCCGGCCCUGCUGGAUCCCCCUGAUCUCCUGCACCUCUGGAUGGAUCCAGUGGCUCACACAUCCCUCUCUGGCCCUGCUGGAUCCCCCUGAUCUCCUGCACCUCUGCCUGGAUCCAGCGGCUAACGCAGCACAGUGGACGUACCUGUCUAUAUUAGACACUUCUCUCUCCUACCCCAGAUUUGUUUGGUUUUUUUUUUACCAGGAGGGGAAAACCCCCAAGUCUCGAGUUUCUUUUCAUGAUUUAGUAUUUAUGAAUUCUAUUUAAGUGUUGGGAUUUUCCUUUUCCAGGUAGUUACCGUCGAGGCGGGAGAGGGAGGGUGGGAUGUUUCUAUCUUGACCUUUGCUUUGUAAUGGGGUUUCAGAACUGCUUCUUUUCUGUGUGUGCGUGUUUCAAAGCGCCGGGUUUUCCUAUUUUUAACCACCUGAGCAGCUUUUCUCCAGCGCGGGGAUGGGGACCUCAUUUCCUGCCACACUGGACGGAAUCAGGGAACAACCGAUGCCGCCGGGUCAACACCGGGUGAUGGGAUGGAGAGUGGAUGGGAUGUCUCCAGUGAUGCUACCUAAGCAGGACAAUCAUCACCACUGGAACUCCACGAGGGGUGGCCCUGUCCCCGGGAAGAGCUCGUGCUGUGUGUGCCUGAUGUCCUUUCGGCUCUGUAACGCUUGUGGCUGGGGCUGUGGUGGGCACCAGGCCAGCUCUCGGACACGCAAUACAUGGUGUGCUGCCUACCCACCCGCCUGCCUCCUCUGUCCGUGCGUGGCGGGGCCCUGCCUGCUGCCACCUCCGUGUUUCUCUGUGUCACAAUUUAAGGCAGAAUAAGAGAAGUCAGAGGGAGAGUUUUACCAAUUUAACUCGAUCUCGCAAGAACAAAAUAAAUCACUCAGUUUCUCCGGUUACGGCAAACACUGAGCAGUCACGCCAGGAUGUUUGAUCGUGCCGAGCUUGCUCAACACCGUGGCACUUGAGUUCCUAUCAGCAACCUCAAAGACAAUUAAUCUUGUCCAGUUCGCUGAGUUUGAACCAGAACCUCCCUUUAAAUGCUCUUAACAGUUACUCGGAUUCCUGAGACUCGUACUUGUGAAAACAGGUCAAUUCUAUUAUAAACAAGUCUAUUAUAACAGUUUGUGA